UCCGGCAAAAUGACACAAACUGACCAAAUGAUGUACUAAAUUGCAAAUAUGACUUUAUUCAGUGUCCGUGCCAGCAACGUUUAGGGACAAGACAAAACAUUGAAACCAGUGUACUCACUUGUUGCCAAAUCAUACUUAUAAUUGGCUGUACUGUGCAAAUAUGUCAGUUAAAAACUGGGGUUAACUGGUUUGCUUACUACAUCAUGUCAACAAAGACUAAAUGACGAAAACUCGGUAUACUUACUUAUCUUGCCAAUCUAAGGUAGGACCUCAGGUUCGCAUUUACAAGUGUUUACCAUCUGUGCAAGUAGCCUGCCUCGCUCCGUACGUACAUGACAGUAAUAUUAAAACGCUGUCAAGUCGAUUUAUUUAAUCACUGACUAUCCGUCGCAUUAUUAUUAUAAUCAUGACAAGUCUGCUUUACAGGGGGGGGGGUUCUAAUUACGCCAUUAUUCCAAGAAUGUGGAAAGAAAAUAUCGGCUAAAUAGCACGUUAGCUUAAAACAUUAGCAAACAUUGCCCGUUCGUUGUUAGCGCUUAGAUUGACAAUUAAAUUAGCGUGUACAUUUGAACAUUAGGUGUUUAGUUAUUGAAUCAAAUAUCAGAAUGUAACUAGCGAAAUAUUAGGGGAGUUUGAGGCUGCGGUGGAAGAUGGUGGUUGGGAGAGCGUCGGGGUGUUGCGGGGGAAUUGUUUUAACGGCGCAUCGAAACGUUAUUUACUAUUUAGCCAGCAGUAAAACAAACCCAGUGGAUAACAGCGUAGUAGCUAAUGCGAUUAGUCCACAAAUCCUCACAGCGGCUCGUAGUCUCCUUGUGAAUGUUAGCACGCUAAGAUAGCAUGCUAGCUAGCACACGGCGAACCCGUGGGCUCCGAAUUCGAUCGACCGGCGUGGGGCGUCCGAACGGACGGCGGUCGAGGGGAGCUCUGGUGCGGUUUGCGAAAUAAAAAAAAAAAUGUGUGGGGGGGGGGGGGGUCAAGCGGACGCCGAGUUACGCGCAACCCAAACAGAACUUUCCUGACGUGUGUUAGUCAAUUCCUCAAAAUGGGGUCUGUUAACGUACGUCUCCGCCAUUUUGUGUGACAGUUUUUUUUUUUUUCCUCUCUCUUCUGUUGAAUAAAGGGGGUACGCGUAAUGGUUGAAUGUAACCCCCGUCAAGAAGAUACGUUCGGCGGUUACGCUCGAAAGGGGAUGCGGGGGAGGGCUUCAUUUUCGAGCAACCUCCCCUCCGCAUCGGGUGAACGUUUUUCGGUUGGCCACGAAGGGACGAGCCGCAAGUGUCUUUUGACAAAAACGCCAAAGCACUGACAUUACAAAUCUACACUUCGGAAACAAAGCUUGAAGAUACAAGUGAAAAACCUCGCGAAUGACUGAGCGCCGGCGGAGUAUGGGAUCCUUGGCGUCUUAGGAAGCGACUGAAGUGGGCUUUAACCGUUUUUGCAUGCAAAAACCAUGGCAAAUUCGACGGGCAAAAAUCUUCCAGCUCAGCGGAGGAAGGGACAGGCUUUCCUGGACGAGCUGCGGCAAUUUCACCAAAGCAGAGGAUCGCCGUUCAAGAAGAUUCCUAUCGUGGGUGGGAAAGAGCUGGAUCUGAACGCUCUCUAUUUCAGAGUCGUCUCUUUAGGCGGAUUUGCUAAGGUCUCUGACAAAAACCAAUGGAAUGAACUCGGGGAAGAGUUUAAUUUUCCAAGGAGUUGCUCCAACGCUGCAUUCGCUUUAAAACAGUACUACCUUCGAUAUUUGGAGAAGUAUGAGCGAGUCCACCAUUUCGGCGAGGAUGACGACGAAGCGCAGCCGGGGAACACCAAGACCUUCCUUCCAGUCGGCGCAAUUCCCACUUCGUACAACUACCAGCAACACGUUGUAUCAGACUAUCUCCGCCAAAGCUAUGGGCUGUCUACCGAUUUUAUUCCACCGUGUGACUACAACAAACUGGUGCUGUCUCUCCUAUCGGGCCUGCCCAACGAAGUGGACUUCGCUGUCAACGUUUGCACUCUGCUAUCCAACGAGAGCAAGCAUGCCAUGCAGCUGGACAAGGACCCCAAAUUGGUCACGUUGCUACUGGCCCACACUGGUGUCUUCGACGACUCACUAGGCAGCUUCUCCGGGGUGUUCGGUACUGACUGGAAGGCGAAAACAGCCCGAGAUUUUAUCAGGUUUUGGAAGGAGGUGGUGCAGGAUGCAGAAGUCAGGGAGCUGAUCUGGGACAAGAGCAGCACAGCACAAGAUGGUACAUCAGUAGCAGAACGCUGGCAGAGCCUCUUCCACCCGCCGCGGAAUCUGGGCAUUAGCGACAUGGAGGCCCAGCGGGUGCUGCAGGUCGCCGUCAUCCUGCGAAAUCUCUCCUUCGAGGAGGCCAACGUUAAGCUGCUGGCAGGCAAUCGAACGUGCCUGCGGUUCCUUUUACUCUGUGCUCACUGUAACCUCAUCUCACUCCGACAACUCGGGCUCGACACGCUGGGCAACGUGGCCGCUGAGCUCCAGCUUGAUCCGGUUGACUUUCGGAUGACCCAUCUGAUCUUUCACACCAUCACCAAAUGCUUAAUGUCUAGAGACAGGUUCCUGAAAAUGAGAGCCAUGGAGAUACUUGGCAACCUGAGCAAAGCGGAGGACAACGGCGUGCUCAUCUGUGAGUAUGUGGACCAGGACUCGUACAGGGAGGUAAUGAUGCUCCUCACCCUGCCUGACCUCAUGCUCCUCAUGGCCUCGUUGGAGGUGCUCUACCUGUUGGCUCAGCUAGGAGAGGUUCCCUGCAGCAAGAUUGCCUCUGUGGACCGUAGCAUAGACCUCCUCGUGAGGUUAGUAUCCGUCGACCUUCAUACGUUUGGACCAGAUGCCCUAACGGCGGUGCGGUUGAUAGAGCAUCAAGCCAAUGCCGAACAGGCUACAGAAGUUCGACCGCAGCUGGUCGAGCAGAUACCUGCGGCCGUGCAAGGAGCGCCAACUACCACAUCACGGGCUCCGGUACAGUCCACACAGCAUCCUCCUGGCAUAGUUGAACUCGAUGGAGAAAAAUUUACAUUGCAAUGGCUUAACGCACACUUCGAGACAAACGCUGAGGGAUCAGUGUCACGUUCGGACAUGUACUCAGAGUACCUGUCCACGUGCAGCAAAAUGGGACGAAGUAACAUCUUGAACUCCACCGGCUUCCUCAAAUGUCUACGGACUGUUUUUCCCAAUCAUACGAUGCGGCGGCAGGAGGAAACCAAAGCCAACGGCCCAGUUCACAUCCUCCUGGUGGGGAUAAGGCGAAGGUCAAUACCGCUGCCCGUCCAGCUGUUCUACCAGCAGCCUCAACAACAACAGGUGCCAGGUGCAACACCCGCUCCUGCAGUCCGAACUGAAGCCCCUGCAGACUCCCAGGCUCCAUCUCCAGGUAUACCACCUGGGAAUCCACCACAGUUAGGCAGGCCGCCAGGCCUCAACGUGGGCGGCACAACUCCAUCCGGGGCCGUCACUGUGAAGGAGAACCCCGUCGCAACCCACCCGUCAGGUUCCCAUCAUCCGGGAACCCCGCACGUGCCUCUGCAUUUACCACCAAAUACUCAGGCAUUAGUGCAGCAGCAGCAAGUCCGUUCCGGUCCAGUGGUCCAGAUUCCAACGUCUGCACCGGCCUCUCAGAACCACAGCCCCCAAAACACAGCUGUCCCACCUCCGGUUCAACAGCACUCGCCCAUGCUCCCCACCGGUACACCAGUCACCCUUUUUCAGCAGGUACCCCAGGGCCACAUACUCACUGCCAGGGUCCAAAGCAUUUGCCCCGCCAUCUCCCAGCACCCGCCCCUCACUCAAAGUCCACCUCUGUCCGCACCACAGGGGGCCUGUUCCCAAGUAGACCCUCAGUGUAGUGUGACUGCAUCUGUGCCCACUUCUUCCAUUCAGGUGGCAUCAAGUAAUCCGGGGGUGCUGACUUCCACCGCGUCGCGUGUCACAUUUCAGAAUAUUGCCCCCAAACCAGCGCCAAACCAACCCACUGUCCCAGCAGCUACGAUAGCCAACCAGCAGCCUCAGACACAGGCACAGAGUGUGGUAAUAGUCAGUCCCCAACAAAACCAAGCCUACACCCCUGCCAUACACCAAAUCGUUCUUGCCAACCCUUCUGCCAUUCCUGGUGCACAGUCAAUACAAAUAGCAGGGCAGCCCGGCGCUUCUCCCAGCCCGUGCCCGCCCGCUGCGUCCCACCCCACUCCCCAAGUCCAGCCCAAUCAAACUGUCAGCCAAGCACUGUCCAUUAAACGACAUCAACAAAUGAUUCCGCAAGCUCCUCCCUCUCAGCCUACCUCCUCCGAGUCCAGCUUGAUCAAACAGCUUCUGCUUCCAAAGCGGGGGCCUUCCACGCCGGGUGGAAAGCUCAUCCUUCCUGCGCCGCAGGUGCCGCCUCCCAACAGCACGAGUUCGCAGGUCAUCUACCAGACGGCCUACACCCCCCAGCCCUCCCCUGCGCAAACUCAGCAGCUCAACGUUCAACUGGUUCCAAGUCAGGUCCAGCUCUUGCCAGGCCAACUCAUCACGACGAGUACCCCAGCCGCAAUCAUCCAGGCCCCCAUCGCGACUGGACAAGUCACAUUUACUGUUGUCCCGAACACUGGCUUUACCACCUCCACUGCAGCUGUCGCCGCAGUCAGCCACGGUGCGGUUGCCCCGAGUGUCCUGUCGCCCCCUUUCCCGACUGGAACCUUGCCCCAACAAGCUCCCGCAGUUCCGCCGCCUCUCCCGCAGCCUCCGCUCAGAGGCGACAAGAUCAUUUGUCAGAAGGAGGAGGAGGCAAAGGACGCCGCCGGGUUGCACAUCCAUGAACGAAAAAUCGAGGUGAUGGAGAACUCCUCAAUGGCAGAUGGUGACUCCUCUAAUGGCAAAACCAGUAACGGUGACGUUGGAGUAGGUGCCAAGCUGCUAAAUGGGCAGAAGUGCAUGGAGUCCAAUCUACCUCCAUACCACUCAGGGAAUAGCCAGGGGACACUAAAUGGUCCGGCUGUGGAGAGUCCCGCUAACGGGAAGCAGGCCCUGUCCCCAGGCCUCGACGCCACCUCGGAGGGGAACCCCGAUUCUAAAAAGACACUCGUCAAUGGGGUUUGCGACGUCGACCGGGGCAACAGUGGCGUCAUCUGCAAAAACAUUCCAAAUCACAUUGCUUCCAAACAGUUCUUGGGGAACGGAGAGGUAGGUCCCAAUGAUAGGAGUCACAGCUCCAAUCCCCCUCCUGCCCUCCAGCAGGACACUGUCAAAGCGCAGCAGGCAGAGCGCCUGGCGAAUGGACCUCAGGCAGUCGGCACCAGGCCGCCUUUGGAGUUAACAAAUGGACCUUUGGGGCCCGGCCACACCGUACCUGUGCUAAGGCAGCAGCUUCUCCCCAAUUCCACCCUUCCCCUCACAAUCCCCGUCACGUCCCAGAGCGCUGCCACCUCCCCUGCAAACGGCGUUGCCUCGGAAGCGCGGGGCGUCAAGAGGCCGGCUGAGAGCGAAGAUCGCACUGCGGCAGCUGCGUCCUCGGGGAUCCCCAGCAAGGUGGGAGUGCGGAUAAUCACCAUCAGCGACCCCAACAACGCGGGCAGCAGUUCCACGAUGGUGGCGGUGCCCGCAGGAGCAGACCCAAGCACAGUAGCCAAAGUAGCAAUAGAGAACGCCAGUCAGCAGCGGAACUGCUCGUCCACACAGCCUGCUGGCUCAACGCCUACUGUCACCCCAUCCCCGCCCCCCGCAACCCAGGCUGCACCAGCAGACUGCCCCCAACUUAUAUCAACGCAACAAGCCCCCACAGUACCGCCUGAGCAAAAUAGGAAAGCAGGGCAAAACUUCAAAUGUCUUUGGCAAUCCUGUAAACGGUGGUUCGAGACUCCAUCCCAAGUAUUUUACCACGCUGCAACGCAACACGGUGGAAAGGAUGUGUAUGGAGGCCAGUGUCAGUGGGAGGGAUGUGAUCCUUUUCCGCGACAAAGACUAUCCUUCAUCACGCAUCUACAGGAUAAGCACUGUUCUCGGGAGGCAUUGCUGGCUGGGCUCAAACUGGAGGAGCAGCAGGCACAAAGCCCCAACUCGACCUCUUCCCAAACGCCGCCGGUGACGGGCAGCACUCCAGCAGCGCGACCACCGAAAGCAAUCGUCAAUCAUCCGAGCGCAGCUCUCAUGGCCCUCCGCAGAGGCUCUCGAAACCUGGUCUUUCGGGACUUCACGGAUGAGAAGGAGGGACCAGUGACCAAACACAUAAGACUAACUGCUGCCUUAACGUUAAAGAACAUCGCCAAGCACUCGGACUGUGGUCGCACGCUGGUAAAGAAGCACGAGCCGCACCUCUCCGUGCUGGCGCUAAGUAACAUGGAGGUCUCCACCACGCUCGCCAAAUGCCUUUACGAACUGACUCGCUCGCUCCAGGCCUGAUGCCAAAAGGACAGACGACCUCUGGAAACCCCUCAGUCACCCCCACACGUUCACCGAGGGGAGAGUAGAGAGCCGCCGUUGAGCUGUAAGCGGCUCUGUAAGGCAGGAUCCGGCCUGAAGACCCUCCUUCCGCCACGCCUGCCGCCACCCCCCAACCCCGACCCUCCCCCUCCAAACUGAUCCUCAGCUCCUUUAACCUGUGUUUGAAACGCCACCACGUACCCUCGACCACACACUCAAAAAAAAAAAAAAAAAAAAAAAUCGCCACGGGGUCUUCCACCAGCUGCCCGUCAGAGGGAGCUCUUUCUAACCGCUUCCCUGAGGGACUCCGCCUACGAAACCCUGAGAAAAUGAGCACCAAACAUGAGCACAUUUCAUCAAUGUUUUUCCUUUCGUCCCGCGAGGUGACGAGUGAGUUCUGACUGAAGGGAGAUCUCCGGGUUUUGAGGGUUUUCCCGUGUGAGAGGGCCGAGCUUCGGAAGACCGUCCCCACUGGGUCGGGAUGGAGGUGGACUCUGCUGGCAAUUGGCGCAGAUGUUUUUUUUUUUUUUUUUUUUUUUUUUUUCCAAACUUGGUAGCUUGGUUUUCUUACUUGAGUCGAUAUAUUUUCACUUAUUUAUUAUUGAAAUGAAUACCAUUACGAUUAAUUAAAUGAAUCUUGUAAAUACGUUGUGAAUAUAUAUACAGAAGAUCCUCUUUGAUGCAGCCACUGGAGAACUUGCUCUGUGGUGUAAUAGAAGUGUUACUUUGGUAGGAUUGAAUAAGUAGUUUUUUUUUUGUUUUGUUUUUGUUUGUUUGCUUUUUUUAUGAUCCCUGGUCACUUGUAUCUAAUGUGAUUCUAUACUCAGCAGUGGAUGAAUGUACUUUAAACCCUGUAAAUACUUCUGCAAAGGUACUGAUGCUGUAAAGCCUAGGGAGAGGAUAAAAAAAAAACAGUUUUUUUUGUGGAACUGUGACAUUUUGUAUUAUAAUACCUUGUAGAACUCAUUUUGCUGGCUGAAAGAGUAUGGAAUAAUAUAUCGUCAUUUUCUAGAAGAAAAAAAUAUUGAAGGUAUCCCCCCCCCCCCCUGCCCCUUUCUUUCCCCAACAUCUUCCCCUCAGUGCGCACACACACGAAAAUAAGUGACAUAUAUCUAUCCACUGUAAGCGUUUUGUCAUUGUACGGGCACUGCGCAUACCAAAAUUUUUUUGUAUUUGUAAAUUGGUUUAAAUACAUGGAGUUUUUAUACAGGGUUUCUCCUGUGUUCUUUGCUUUAUGUGCAGGUAUAAUAUUUUCUUCACUACUUUUUUCUAUCUUAAUAUAGUGUGGAGUUUUAUUGUACUUUUUUUUUUUUUUUUUCAUUCUUAAUACCAUGCCACAUUCCGGCUCACGUCCUCAAGACUGUCUUCUCUACCGUGUGUUGUGUACCAUUUAUAAUUGCCUGUCCUAUUAGCAUCUGACCGGGAGGUGGUGGGGGGGUCGACCCAACCAUCCUCAUUUCUGCCGUGUCAGUAGGAUGUGUGACUAAACAUAGACCUAACAGUCUGUUAGAGAUUGGCUUUAUUUACUUUGGUGACUGUUUAUAGUUUUUAAAUAAAAACACUGAACAUUUUG